ACUUAUGACAAGUUGGGCAGUAGUCAUGAGAGGCCGGGUCUUAGUUCUGAGGGAACCCUGGCCACAAUUCUAAAGCAGGAAUGGACUUCUGUAAAGUUCUGAUGUAAAUGCUGACAGAGAUUUUAAAAAGUGAUGACUCCACAGUGCUGAAUAUUCAUGUUGUGACCUCUGUAGAAAAUAGUCACAUUCUUGGUUGAGGUUGAGGUUUAAUUAAAGAGGACCUCAUCCCACUGGUCCGCCUGGACGCAAUGAAAGGAGGCACAGAUGUAAAGAAAGAUGGGUGGAGACAUAAAGGAGGAGAAAAAGGAGGUCUCCUCAGGAUGGUGAGAUGGGAGGAAGGAUUAGUGACUUGAGGUGGUGGCAGAAACAGGAGGGAGUUUCCGUCCCGCCGACUGCUUCUGAGUCUCAAACACGACGGCUCUAUAGAUUCUCUGGAAUUACACAGUUUCUCUAACAUGGAUUCAGAAAAACAUCUGGAAUGUGAGUCGCCACAGUGACGGAUCUGCAGCUGCUCUUUGAGACGUGUGGUGGUGUUGAAACGGCUUUCGGUACACAGGGGUUUUGUUUGUCCAGACUCAGAGUCCUGUGCUUGUAAUUAUGUCCUCACUCUCAUUAUCUCUGUUUCUCCUGCUGCAUGAGUAGAGCCGCGGCGCUCACACCGCUCCUUUUCUCUGAGAUCACAGAAGGUGGGCGAGGGAGAAAGAGGAACUUUAAGGUGGUGAAAGUGCUGUGUCUCCUCUGAACGGGUUGACUGAGGACACAGAAUCUGAAAACAUCUCUGCUAUCAGUUCAGCUAUGACCUUGGACCUCUCCACCUUCUCCAGCCUCCGCCGCUCGCUCCUCCUGCUCUUGCUCUGCCUCUCGCUGUGGAGCCAGCAGGCCGAGGCCGUGGUCCACUCCAGCUUCCGUCGGCUCAGCGGCCGCGAGAAGAAGGAGAUGCAGAAGGAGAUUCUGUCCAUCUUGGGUCUGCCGGGGCGACCCAGACCUCACCCACCGCUCCGGCCCCCCUCCUCAGCACCGUUGUUUAUGUUGGACCUGUACCACGCAAUGUCAGCUGAGGGGGGCGAUGAAGGGAAUGAAAUCCUGGGUAGCGGGCCGGGGACGAACAGGUUUGGAGGGGGGGACAGGUUGGGUCACGUGAACCACGCGGCCCUGCCGACCCUUAGCACACACACGCCACCGCUGGGGACGGUGGUCAGCGAGGCAGACACGGUGAUGAGCUUCGUCAACCUUGUGGAGCAGGAGCGUGACCUCCUGCAGCCUCGUCCAUACUGGAAGGAGUUUCGGUUUGACCUGACUCCCCUCCCACAGGGUGAGACGGUGACGGCGGCAGAGUUUCGGAUCUAUAAGACGCUGACUGUGGGUCAAAGGGCAAAUCGCACGCUGCACAUCUCUGUCUACGAGAUCAAACGCGAGACCAGACACAGGGAGGCGGAGCUGGUGCUGCUGGACAUGCAGUCGGUACCUGCGGGUCAGGAGGGUUGGCUCGCCUUCGACGUCACCUCAGCUUCCAACCACUGGCUCCUGCACCCACGUAGCAACCUGGGGAUCCGACUGUAUGUGGAGACCGAGGAGGACCGCUCGCUGUCUGCAGGCUGGAUUGGGUUGGUCGGCCGACGGGGGCCCCGGUCCAAACAACCCUUCAUGGUGACCUUCUUCAGGGAGAGCCAAGUCCCAUGUCGGCCACCACGUGCUGUCAAGCCACACCCCCGCAGGAAGAAACCUAAAUAUGACCUUCCCGUCCCAAGCAUUCACGAUCACAGUCACACUAACAGCGGACGUCAGGUGUGUAAAAAACAUGAACUCUACGUCAGCUUCAGCGACCUGGGAUGGAAGGACUGGGUUUUGGCUCCCCCUGGAUACUCGGCGUAUUACUGUGAUGGCGAGUGUUUCUACCCUCUGGGCUCCUGCAUGAAUGCCACUAACCACGCCCUCAUCCAGCAGCUGGUCCACCUCCUGAAGCCGGAUGAGGUUCCCAAAGCCUGCUGUGCCCCCACCAAGCUGAGUCCCAUUUCUGUCCUCUUCUAUGAUGACAACAACAACGUCAUCUUGAAGAAACAUCGUAACAUGGUGGUGAAGACCUGCGGCUGCCUGUGACCCAGUCCAACCGAGAACCACAACAUAAACUCAGAACAAGCUUAGUGACAAAUGGAUCAGGUCUGUGCGCUGAUCUGAUUCGUCAGAAUCACAUUCUAAUCCAUGCUUUUGUUCAGACUUUUCACUUCCUCCUGAUUGAAUAUUUAAUGCUGCUAAUGAUUUUAAAAAAGUGAUUACAAUAAUAAAAAAAGCUUUUCCACAAGUUCUGCUCUUGACACCGUGUUCAUCGCAGACAAGUAAUUAAAUGUGUUCUCUGGAUACUCCUAAGUUCUACUUUUUUGUCUUUUUAGGGACAAAUCACAACUUUUCUCUGCCAUGUGUCAGAUUUUUUUUUUUUUUUUUAGAAAAGCAGUUUUUUUUUUUCUUUCAGUUCACACUGAGGGACAGGAUACGUCCAUUUUAAACUGCACACUGUAGUGGUUUAGUGUGAUCAAAAGUCUCUGCAGCUACAUUUCCUCCAUUACUCAGUCAAAAACAUAAUUCUCAUUGUGUCGAUUGAUGCAAACAUCCCCCUUUAUAAUUUGUCUUCAGGAUUUUUGUCUUUGUCAAAAGUAAUUUUAACAUUUUCCAGUGUCAUUCAUGACAAUUAUUCUUCACAGUAUUCAAAGACAGAGCACAACACAUUAAAUAUAGUUUAAUUUAUUGAAAAGGGUGUUUAAAAAAAAAUACAGUGAACAGAUUUCUAAUGUUGCUUACAAUCAACUGUGAAAAGAAAUCAAAAUGAGGAUUAAUGAUUUUGGCAGAUAGGGGUGGGG